UCUCAGAAAGGGAAGCUGCUGCCCAGCCCCGUGGACUUCACCAUUACUCCUGAAACUCUGCAAAAUGUCAAAGAGGGUGUGCUGAGGGCUAUGCCAGGGACGCCACGGAGAUCCAGAACAUCCAGAUCGCCGACGGCGACGUCUGCAGGGGCCUCCCCAUCCCCAUCCACAUGGUGUUCCCCAGGCUCUUCACCUGCCCCACCCUGGAGACCACCAACUUCAAAGUGGAGUUUGAAGUGAACAUCGUGGUGCUCCUGCAGGACGACCACCUGAUCACAGAGAACUUCCCCCUGAAGCUCUGCAGGAUGUGAGCAGCCCCAGGAGCGGCAGGAAGGAUUUCCUGGGAAUUCCUCUGAGGGAAAGUGGAACUUUAUCCAUGCCUGACAUCAGCUGGAGCCACCUCACUCCUUUCCUUUGCUCCCUCUCCCUGUUAACCUGGCCAAGACUUUGCCUCUCUGCAUUUCCCAAUCCUGCUGCCUUCAACAAUCAUGUUUUCCCCAAAUUUUUUUUUCAGGAAAAUCCUGAAGGAAUCAUUCUGUAGCUUUCUACAGCUUGUAGAAUUAUGGAGCAAGUUCCUCUCUUGGCUUAAUUUUGUAAUAUUUGUUCUAAAGUCCUUUGAAGCCCCCUUAAAACUCACAAAUCCCAUUCCAGCCAUGCUGGGAGGGUGUGGGAGUUGUGGCAGAAGGAGCAGUGAGGUUUCUGAAGGGCCAAAAAGCGGUGCCACAGCCCUGGGAGGUGGUGCUGUGGGAUCUGGUGGAUGGCACAUGAGUGAUUGCAAAUCACACCAAGGAAAUUUUGGUGUUGGAAGAAUUAAUUGAUGUGUUUGUGACUGUACAGCUUAAAGGAAAAUUAAUUCAGCAAGAAAUAACCUUCCCAACACAAACAGGUUUGGAUGUUGUUUUCAUGGAACAGCCACAACUUGUGGAUUUUCCAUUAAUUUUCCAUGGGGGGCAGAGGCAGGCUCAGUCUAUAAUAUGGAAAUUAGAAGUGUAAAGAUCAGCAUCUAAAAAUGCAGAAUUGAGAAAACUAAGAAAAAUAAUUUCCUUUGGUUUGUCCAGCAGGAGAAUGUAAUUCCAGUUUGGGCCCUGAUGUUUCAGGGA